GCUAUGUUGACCCCGCUGGACUUCCUCGACUAGACCAAAACAAACCCUAGAGUGAAACCUGACGUAGUGAAACUGUCUUUGUGGAAAAUAUUUACAGAACGGUAACUUCAGUCAAGAUUGAGAAAAGAAGAAGUGACAAGCUGAGAACAGUUCAGUUGUGAUCCUUAGAUGUCACAACACAGUUGAAAACUUUAAGCAAAACGUUAUUAUGCAAUAUUGAAGAGUUGUGGCUACAUACAGCGUUAACCCAAGCAAAUGAUAUUGGGAUUUUAAGUGAAUCAGUCCCGUUGAAUACACACCGUGACAGUUCUCCUGAGAGCUUCGUUAGACGACUACAUAUCCGUGGCAGCAAGACAAGUUCGAGCUGUGUUUUACCCUGUGAGGACCUUGGCAUGAAUCUCAACGUCUCAGUGCAAUGAGUGAUUUUCUACACGAGUGGUGUGACACUGGAAUGGGAGUAGACAGCGGCAUGGUUGGGGGAGUCCCCAUUCCUAGGGGCCCUUGUAACCGCAAUCCACAGACCCAUCAUUUCCCAGACCUUUCUUCAAUGGCUCUCCAGAUGGACGAUCAUAGCCCCAUUCCUAACCAACAGUCAGGCAACAGCCUGGGGCCACAAUGGGACAGCAAUACACAUUUUUCAACCUUGUACCAAGACAGCACAGGGGGACUCUCACCAGUUGGACCAAAUUCACCCUCAUUGUGGCCACCACAGUCCAUGGACUUGGAUCUUGACAUUAAGUUGGAACCUUUGGAUGAUCUGCUUGGAGUUGACGACUUGCUUCCUGGACACCCACUGGGCCUACAGUCUGCAGAUGAUGCACUCCUUGAUGAUGUUAAUCUGGAUGAUUUGCUCAUGCCUGAACAGUUUUCAAAUGCUGGACUGGAACAGCCCAAUUCACCCAUCACUAUGGUAACAGUACACCCUGAUGAAGUUUUGGGUAUGAACAAAGGGUUUUCCACACCAACUUCAAGCUUUCAUUGUCCACCUACAAUGGCUCAGCCAGUAAAAGCAGAGAGCUCAUCACUUUACUCUCUGCUUGCUUCUUCGUUCCCUCCUCAAGGUGGAGGUUGGAGAGAUCCACUUCUUACUUCAUCCUCCCUGCCAGGACAACCACCCAACCAGCAGCUAGGCAGCAUAGAGGAAUGCCCAAGCUCAAAUCAGCAACAGAAUAUUUCUCAACAGCAACAACAGUGCUCAAACCAUUCUUCUGGUUCUACUUCAGCACUACAGGAACUAUUGCUUCGUUCCCCAUCAACUCCUUUAUCACCACACAGUGUGUCCUCCCAAGGGGCCCCAUCACCUCAAGAACCUCCUAUGGGACAAUCUGUACCAAGGCCCUCUUCCCUCUCAGCUGCAAAUCCCCUGCUUUCUGCAAGGUUGUCAUCUUCAGCACCAACUCACAACUUUUCCUUGGAGCAAGCAUGGCAGCGAAGGGAGCCCAGACAGCAUCUUUUGUCAACUGGGUCUUUGGCUGAAGAAUUUGGAGGAUCAGCUUCUUCACUAAGUACAGUGGGAGGCAUCCUGUCACCAGCAGCACAUGAUCUCUCUAUUGAUGAUGCAGUUGAUUCUGAGGAUGAGUCUGAUAAUGAACACUAUGACUCAGAAUCAGAUAAUGAUUCAAUAGUUAGUGAAGACACAAGCAGCAUCUCAGGUUCAAGUGGGAAGAAGGAACGGUACUUUUGGCAGUAUAACGUACAAGCCAAAGGACCAAAGGGACAGCGUGUGUGCAUAAGCCAGCAGCAGCGUGACCCACACAGUCUGCCAUCAAUCAUGGAUCCAGUGUUUUCUCCGCUCUGCUCAAUUCAAGGAAUAAAACACAGUUUAUCUCUAACACACAGUGGAAAGGCCCGAAGGGGCGAUGGAAAUGACCUAACGCCUAAUCCCCGUAAAUUAGUCAACAUUGGCAGAGAACUCGACAAAUUGAACAAGACAAUAAAUGACUUAACUCCAGUAUCUGAACUCCCAUUCAAUGUGAGACCCAAAUCUAGAAAAGAGAAGAACAAGUUGGCAUCAAGAGCCUGUCGCUUGAAGAAGAAAGCCCAGCAUGAAGCAAACAAGAUCAAGUUGUAUGGUUUGGAGCAAGAGCACAAGGGAAUGCUUCUGCUUCUGGAGGAGGCUAGAGGAAGUCUGAUAAAGAAGGUAGAGAGUGGAGGGACUGCACACAUGCCUACCAAUCAUCACCAGGCCCUACCAGGCACUCCACCACAGAACCAUCAGCUGUCUGUAUCACAGCAUAUUGAAAAGAUUGCCAAGUUACGGAGCAAACUCAGGAUUGCUGGCCAUACCACUGAGUUUGUGAAUCGUGUCAUUGAAAACUGUCAGAAUGGAGAUCAGAGUGGAGGACUGGAAGAGAUAACCAAAACCUUCAAUGACACCAAUCUGGCUAACAGUCCUACAUCCAAUGGCAACAAUGGAUUUUCACCUCGCUGAAAUCUCCAAGUAGAAACACAUGUUGGUGCAGAUUGAGGUGCUCAGAGCCACCCAAACUCAUGCACCCACAUCUAUGGCAAGAAUACACGUAUCUCUUCAAUGCUUCACAAGGAAUUGCUGUAUUUGCAUUAAUCCAUGACCUUGCAUACAUGGAUUCAGUAAUAUGCACUGAGGCCAUAGCUUCGCAAGCAACAAGCUUUAAGGAAAUUUUAAAGAUUGAAAGUGUAAAUAAGUAAUUUGUACAGAAUUAACCCAUAUACUUUACCCAAAGCAACUGCUGUAACCAGUGGGGUGAUGGAUCCCCCCAAUAAUGGGAAGCCAAAAUUAUAGUUAGGAAAAAAGGAUUGGUAGAUGUUAGAUGAUGAUUGUGAUAUAUUCAUCCAUCAAUGAUGAAUGGUACAGAUAUAGAACUAGCUGCAUUCUUUUUAGAAGAGAAAGGAGUUAGUGAGGCUUUGCUUUUUUGCACGAGACGUAGGCUGUGACAGUCAGAGGAACGAUUGAAUUGCUACAAAACAAAAAUGUUAUUGUUAAGUUUUUCUUAACAGAUCCUGUAAAACCCCUAGGGCAGUAUUGCACUGUGUAAUUUAUCCUUAGAUUUAUUAUGUUGGAAAUUAGUCCAGGUUAAAUCAGUGUGGAAAACCAAGGCAAACUCUUCACAGAUAAGGCACUCUUUGAGGGUUCUACUGCCCUGAGGUCCACCAACGCUUGUUCAUUUGGUUAUUACUAUUACCAAUGUGAAAGUAUUGUUGUGCAUUAUAGAGUCUGUGAGAACGAGCUUUCUCUAAUACAUUUAUAUAGAAUAUUUUUGUUGCAGCUUUGGUGUUUUGUUUAUAUAGAUUACAUAAUUUUUAUUAAUUUUUAAGUGAAAAUUGUAUGUAACUUGGUCUGUAGCAUUCCUGCUGGUUGAUAUUUAUGAUAUAAGUAGUUUUAAGGUAAUAUUUGAUAGACACUUUAUAACAAGAAAGUAGAAGUGUAUGUUUCUGUACUAGUUUAAAGCUUGCCAUAGAUUUUCCAUUUUCUAAACAAAAUGUGAAUUCAUUUGUAUAGCUGAGAUUGUUGUACAGUAUUUAUUCUGCAACCAAAGCCUAUAAUCAUGACAGGUUGACCGCCAUUUAUUGGUCUUCAGCAGAACUAGGUACUCAUUCUCUACAGAGUUUAUCUGGGCUUACAUAAUAGCAAGAAAUUUGAGUGAAACAUAUUCUUUCUUGAAUGGAUAUGUUGAGUGUAUUAAACACCUUGUUUUGAAAGUGUAUGCAGAAUGAUUACUGUGUGAUGACACUGAAUUAUGUGUAGCAUGUGAUUAGAGUAUGUUCCUCAUUGUGUUAUCGAUAAAUAUCUUGCUUUCAGUAGAACAAAUGAAAUGCAAAUGUUUUAAGAAUAUUUGGCAGAUUUAAUUUUCACUUUUAGGAAUUGAAAUUUUAUUUUAGAGCAUUGAUAUAUUACACUGAAAAACCAUUGCAGCUUAAGUAAUGCAUUUCAGGGCAUUAGCUUAGUGCUUGUCCAAAACAGAUUACUUUUUGUGCCCAUAUACAGGCACUCCACAUUAGAUAAUUUUAUGAAUUAAGAAUAGAUUUUAAAAUGUAAGUCGUUUAUCUUUAUUCAGUAGGUAACACUACAAAUUAUAACUGGCAUUAAAGCAAACACAUUUUCAUUACUGGAAUAUGGAGUAUAGGUUUCUAUCUGACUAAUGAUAAUGUUAGAGAUGGUGUACAAUUUUCUAUACAGAGAAGUGUGGACCUUGGAAUAGUAGAGAAAAAAUGAUUCCACAUGCACAAUGAAUUACCUCAUGUUUUCUAUUUUGUUCAUGCUUUACUGCCUUUUGCAACUUACAUAUGUAGUAACUGAUGUUAUUUAGGAUUGCUACCUUUUUUCACAGGAGUAGGAGUUAUUGUUGCAGUUUCUCAGAAUAAGGCGAGGCUUAGUUCCUUUUCCCUUUUUGAUGUUUUGAUAAACUACAAUUUUUGAAAUUUGGAAAUUGAAGAAUUUAUGGCAAGACAAAACUAGCACGAAAUGGCUGAGUUUGUGUACCUGAUAAUGUAGGUUAGGUUAGAUAACCCGGUGCCUGUCUAGUCGCACUAAUAUUCAAGUAAACACAUGAGUCUAUAUAAACAUGUUUUGCUCUGUUAAAAUGGUUUCUACUUCAUAAAAGUAGAAACAGUAAAAGCUUUUGGAAAUGAGAAUUAAGAGGGGAGGGAGACUUAAAAUGAAAGUUAACACUAAAGGAUUUUGAAUCUGCUGAAACAGAGCUGUUGGUAUGAUGACUAAGCUGACAUUUCUUAUGGAAAAAAGAUUGUUUACGAGUUGAGCAACACAUGUGUAUCUCAUGUGACUUUAUUUGUCAGACUUUUCUCAAGAACACUAAGGAUAUAAUCCAGCUAUGAGUAUUGUAAUUGAACUACAGAAAGAACUUGUUUUUUCUUUUUUAUUCCAGAAUACAAAGAAUAUAAAGCUUGUUAAGUAUCUUCAGAUCUUUCUCAAGGGAAGAGAGGUGUUUACACAAUUUCCAUUUUAUAAAAUUGAGAAGCAAAAGUUGAGAAAGUCUAGGUUCUUUCCCCGUUUUUAAUUUAUUAUUAUCAUGAUGUUUUGAUUCUAGAGGAACCAGGGUUAUAUUCAUUGUUUAUAUUUUGAUAUAAAGAAGUGGCACCUGUGUUAUAUUUAGUGUGGCAAACUUUUGUGCAUGUUAGUCCAGCAUUGGUGUAGUAUUGUGAUAUUUCAUAGUAUGGUAGUACAUUGUAAUGUUGCACUACUGUAGCAGUGCUUGGACAGAACUGAACACAUUAACUAUAUUGUAGAACUGAAUUUUACAAUGAGAUACAUGAAUUAUAUUAUUUGUUGUUUUAUCUUAAAGGUUGUAUUUUUUAUUAUAUUUUGUUUUAAUUGUUUUUUUUUUAUUAUUAUUUACCAUAAGAAAUGUUUUACAUCUAAGACAGCAACCAUUACAUUCUUGUUUAAAUUACACAAUUAAAAAAAUAAUUAAGUUGAUGUGAUUGUUAACCCUUGUCCUACAGAUUUUAUAUUAACAGUUUCCUUAUGUCCUAUCAUACUGCUAGCUCUGGAUAGGACAUAUGACAGUGUAUGAUACUUUUUCAUUAUUUAGAUUAGCUGUCAAUAUAAGAAAUAUAUUUCUGGAAUGUUUUGAACUUUUAAACUUCAUUUAAAUUUGUAGUGCAUAUUAGGUGUAUACUUCCUUGUAUAUGGGAUUAUCUAAUACACUGUAUUAAUUUGCUUAGCCAUGUAGUUGUAAUCAUAAUGUGUUCAUAUGUUGAACCUAUACACUGUAUGAUUGUUUUUUAACCAAACAAGCAUCAAGUAAUCAAAUGCAGUGUAGGCUCACAUUUUUGGUUAACCUUUUUCCUUUGAAGCCUAAUGUAAAUACUUAAUAUAACAUAUCCUUGCUGCAUGCCAGUUGAAGGGUUUCGUGGUGAUUUGAAACCCUGUGUGAUGACAAGUUUCUCCCCACUAACUCGUGGUCAUUUCCAUGCAUCUUCCAACCUGCAGAUGAUUAGCAGUCUCGUGUGUUGUUGUGAAAGGCAAGUCCGUAGUCCACUUUUGCUAAAAAUGCUUUGUGAUGUAAGUGGACUGCAAUGAAUGAGAUAGUGUAAAUGUUUACUUCUUUUGCAUUGUGUGUAAAUGGCUCUCUUCUUCUCUUUAUCACUUAAUAUCAGUUUUGAUCUGGAAAUCUAAAAAAAGAAAAAAAAUCAGAGCUAUGGAGUUACUACUUUGCUUUCUUUCGACAACCUCAAGCGUCUGCCGUCAGUCAGUUACAGAUCAAUCAUCUGUGAUAUCAAUUCAGGUGUAAUAUAUGUCCAUAUUUUAAAAAAUCAUAAAAAAAGAAUAAAACAAAAAAGUAAAACAUUAAAAAAAAGACCGAAGGGUCACCAAGAAAAAUUAAGGUGAUGCGACCAAAAUACUAGCUUUUGAUGUUGGUACUGUGAAAUGACCACAAAUGUGUUUACUGUAAACUAAAUACCAUUGAUAUUUUAGAAUGUAAGCAAGGUGUGUGUGUGUGUGUGUGUGUAUAGAUAUGACAUACACAGACACACAUAUAUAUAUAUAUAGAUAGAUAUAUAUAUGUACUAUAUAUACAAAUAUUGAAUAUCAGUAUAUAAACUAGCUGAAACAUUUAACCAAGGUCAUGUAUAUUUCAGUUCUUGCAAGAAGGCUCUGAUUCUGUGGAAGCCUGUUGAAACAUGGUGUAGGUUACCAUGUUUUGCUUGAAAGACUUUCCAAAUUAUCUUGCAUUACAGUUUUUAGGUACAAAGUUGGUGCUGAAUACUUUCAAAUUAGUGAUGCCAAAUUUAGUGAUUUUCACAUGAUAGUCUUAAUCAUGCCAUUAAAUGGCUUCAGCUGUUAAAUACCCACUAUGACUGGAUCCUUUACAUCUGACCUUCUGUGUUAGAUUACAAGAGAAACUUCACACCUUCCUUAGAACUGGAUAUCAUUCCAGUUUUCUAUUAUAUUGUUGUUUGCAUACUUUACACUCAAUGUCUACAUUACUGUUACUAAAAAAUAUGUAUAUAUGAGCAUUAUUUUUGUAUUGCUUUCACUUCGUCAGAGCCUCUUGAAAACUACAACUUAAUGUGUAGCUUCUAAUAAGCCAACACAGAUGGAUUAGCUUCUUUUAAAUAAUCCACUUUUAUUUUAUCUUUCAGUAUUGCAAAGAGAGUGAACUAUCUAGUUUAAACAUUACUGUAACUGGGGUACAUACUGGUUGGAACGUGUUAAUGAAGACUUUGUGGAGGAAUUUUGGUAGGAAGUGUUAGUGAACCCCAGAUCUUUUUAAAAUAAAUCUUCCUGAUUUUUUACUAUUGAUACUAGGUUAGCUAGCCUGUACAUUAGUUUAUGCAAAAUUAGUUGUCACAAUUUUAUCUGAAUCUGCAAUGUUCAUUGGAAGGUAACAGUUACUCCCUGGGUACAGGACUUGUACAUCAUAUUUAAAUAAAUGAAUUAGAAUACCAGUUCAUAAGUACUUUUUAUUUCCUCUGUAAAGAAAGUAUUGCCGUACUUCAGAAUCAUAUAUAUAAUUUUAAUUUGUUGGCGCCACUAUUGAAAUAUUCAUCAUUGUGUAGGUUCAUUUGGGUAAAUAAAAAGAACCACUAGCAGUCUUACAUUGUUUUAUAUUUUUUUACUGAUGAAACAUUUUGAAAUGGUAGAAUAUAAAAAAAAUGUAUGUAAAAAUUAUGUGACUACAAAAGAGGGGUGUGAUUAUACCUGUCUACAUGUACAUAUGUGCAUGUUUGUGUGUACAAAUAAAAGUAUAUUGUUGAA